AUGGAGGACUACUACUACUUCCCCACCACCUUGGAGGCAACCCCCUUAAUCAGCACAAGCUUCCGAAUCGUGCACUCCUCCCGCAAGCGGUGCUCGCCGUCGCCGAGGCCCCGCCGUACGUCGUCAUCCCGCGACAACGACGCCGGUGAACUUCGCCCCCACUACCUCGACACCUGCUUCCGGUGCGCGCGCAUACUUGCCGCAAACAGAGAUAUCUUCAUGUACAGAGGUGACACCCCGUUCUGCAGCGAGGAGUGCCGGCAGCAGCAGAUCAACUCUGACGAGGUGGCGGAGAAGAGAUCCAACCAGUCAGCGGCCGCGACGAGGGAGCAGCAGAAGAACACGCACAGAGUGCCCGUCUGGGCUCGGUAG